AUGAACUACUACCACUCGGAGGUUAAUUACCAAGAUGGACUCACUUCCAGAACCUGCACUGAGUUAAAUCCAUUUGAUUGGUACUACGGAGAAAUGACCAGAGUAAACGCCGAGAAGCUACUAUCCAACAAAAGUCAGGGCGCUUUCCUCGUCAGGAUCAGCGAAAGUUAUCCCAGCGGGUUUGCCUUGUCCGUCAAGCAUUUGGAUACAGUGCAACACUUCAUAGUCCUGCGUGACGCGCAAGGGAAGUUUUUCCUGUGGGACAAGAAGUUUAGCAACAUCAUCGAUCUCAUCGACUACUAUAAAAGGACCUCCAUUUCGCUGAAGUGUGACCUCAAAUUGCUCGAGAUAGUAUGGAAAGAGUGCUUCGUCCAGGCCAAGUACGACUUCACGCCUCAAGAGCUCGGAGAGCUCGAAUUCAAGCGAGGGGAAAUCAUCACCGUCAUCGAACGCGCGAAUGAUACCUGGUGGCGUGGGUUAAUCGGCUCCAGAAAGGGUCUGUUUCCCUCGUCCUACGUUAUUCCCUUUCACACCUAA